GGAGUCGGGUCCUCCUGUCAAUCAGAGCUACCCCUUUGUCUGUAUGCGUAGUUGCAACAUGAAUGUCUCGAACUGCUGCUUCUCUCUGUCUCUGAAUGAAGAUUGAGCUUCUCCCCAGACUGCAACUUCCUUCCUCUGUCCAAGCAUCUAGUAUUUGAAGAUCUGAAGACAGAAGUUUCAAAAUCAACAUUGACUCUCCUGCUCCUCGGAUGCUGCCUGACCUGCUGUGCUUUUCCAGCGCUGCACGUUUUGACUCUGACUCGCCAGUGUCUGCAGUCCUCACUUUCACAUCAAUGUCUGACAGUCACUCAAUCCAUUGGGACCCCAAUGGUUUUCAACUAUGAUGCUGUGAGAAGGAGCAUAGUUCCUGUUUCAAUACGUUUUCAGCAUCACUGGGACUUGAGAGGCCCAACUGUUAGAGCGCACUGAGUGUGGAGCCUGAAACAUUUAUACGACCUGGAAAGAGGAAUUCACUGCGAGGAGGGGCUGUACACACGUUUGUGUGCGGCUGAGGUUUCGGCCAUGGAGAAACCCGAAGAAUCCCACCCCGUGGAGAAACCGUGGAAGUGUGGUGACUGCGGGAAAGGCUUCUGUGUGCCAUCUGCCCUGGAGAUUCAUCGGCGCAGUCACACCGGGGAGAGGCCGUUCUCCUGCCCUGAGUGCGGGAAGGGCUUCACCAGUGCCUCCCACCUGCUGAGGCACCGGUCGGUCCACACCGGGAAGAGGCCCUUCAGCUGCCCAGAGUGUGGCAAGGGUUUCAGCGAUUCCUCCACCCUGCUGUCCCACCAGCGGGUCCACACGGGGGAGAGGCCCUUCGGCUGCGCAGAGUGCGGGAAGGCCUUUACCCAGUUCUCCCACUUCCAGACCCACCGGCGCGUCCACUCGGGCGAAAAGCCCUUCAGCUGCCCUGAGUGCGGGAAGGCCUUCAGCAAUUCCUCCGUCCUGCUGAUCCACCGGCGCGUCCACACGGGGGAGAGGCCCUUCAGCUGCCCUGAGUGCGGGAAGGGUUUUACACAGGCCUCCAACCUGCUGACCCACCGGCGAGUCCAUACCGGCGAGAGGCCGUUCACCUGCUCAGAGUGCGCCAAGAGCUUCAGCGAUUCCUCCACCCUGCAGGCCCACCGGCGGCUCCACACGGGGGAGAGGCCUUUCAGCUGCCCUGAGUGCGGGAAGGGCUUUACUCAGGCCUCCCACCUGCUGACGCACAAGCGGCUCCACACCGGAGAGAGGCCGUUCAGCUGCCCUGAGUGCGGGAAGGCCUUCAGCAAUUCCUCUGCCCUGCUGACCCAUCGGCGGGUGCACACUGGCGAGCGACCCUUCCCCUGUCCUGAGUGCAACAAGGGCUUCAGUGAUUCCUCUGCCCUGCUGGCUCACCGGCGGCUCCACACGGGGGAGAGGCCUUUCACCUGCCCCGAGUGCGGGAAGGCCUUUAUCCAGGCCUCCCACCUGCUGGGCCACCGGCGGGUGCACACCGGCGAGCGGCCCUUCCCCUGUCCUGAGUGCGGGAAGGCCUUCAGCAAUACCUCCCACCUACUAGCCCACCGGCGGGUCCACACCAGGGAGAGGCCCUUCCCCUGUCCUGAGUGCGGGAAGGCCUUCAGCAAUUCCUCCCACCUGCUGACCCACCAGCGGGUCCACACGGGGGAGAGGCCCUUCAGCUGCCCCGAGUGCGGGAAGGGCUUUACCCAGACCUCCCACCUCCAGACCCACCGGCGAGUCCAUACUGGGGAAAGGCCGUUCGCCUGCUCCGACUGCGGGCAGAGAUUCUCAUCGUCCUGCAGCUUGCGGAGGCACGAGCGGAGGCGCCAGCAUUCCCAACAAUCGGAUUCUGCCGCCGACGCUGCUGUUGGUCACCCCCAGGCCUGGCAGGAGGACCAGUCGCAAUCUGGCCCUCCAGGGCUUCCCAUUGGUCAGUCCAAACAAGCUGGCGGAGCGUUUCCGCUGGUGGCGAGCAGCCUUGCUGACACCGGCGAACAUGCGCAGUGCUUGCUGACACUGGUGAUCAUGCGCACUGUGUUCUACGGGCUGCAUCUGACGUGCACAAUGGCGGGCGGAGACCUCCUGAAGGAGCCAAUAGGAACCGCGGUGUCGGCUGGUGACGCCCCAUUUUCCGAACUGCUUGUUCGCCAUUGGCCAGCCGCCCUCCGUCGCAUCCCCAAUAAAGGGCUUUUGCCCGAAAGGUCGGGUUUCCCGCUGCCUGACCUGCUGCGCUUUUUCAGCACCGCUCUGUAUCUUGACACCGUCACACAAGCCUAUUGUCCGCCGUGCCUGGAGAUUGACCAAUGGGAAUCUCAGGAGGACCGGAAGGAGCCUGGACCUCCUGCCAAUCAGAGCUCGCCUAUGAGCUUUAACCAGUUACGCAGCCUGAAAUGGCAACACCCCAUUCGCAGCAGCAAGGGACAUUCCGUGUGUGAGUGGUCUUCCAACCGAUUGUCGAAGCUGGAGAGAGACAAGGAUUCCCACGUCAUGGAGAAACCGUGGAAAUGUGGGGACUGUGGCAAGGAAUUCAAAUUCCCGUGUCUGCUCGAAUCCCAUCGCCGCGGUCACACCGGGGAGAGGCCGUUCACCUGCUCAGUGUGCGGGAAGGCGUUCGUUCAGCUGUCCACCCUGGUGACCCACCAGCGGGUUCACACCGGGGAGAAGCCGUUCACCUGCUCAGAGUGUGGGAAGGGCUUCACCCGGCUGUCUACUUUGCAGGCCCACCAGCACAUUCACACCGGGGAGAGGCCGUUCACCUGCUCCGUCUGCGGGAAGGGCUUCAUUGAUUCGUGUGGCCUGCAGAGACACAAGCGGGUCCACACCGGGGAGAGGCCAUUCAUCUGCUCCGUGUGUGGGAAGGGCUUCACCCAUUCGACCGCCCUGCUGACCCACCAGCACAUUCACACCGGGGAGAGGCCAUUCUCCUGCUCCAUCUGCGGGAAGGGCUUCACGGAUUCCUCCGCCCUGCAGAUACACCAGUGGGUUCACACUGGGCAGCGGCCAUUUACCUGCUCCGUGUGUGGGAAGGCCUUCAGUCGAUCAUCCCAGCUGGAAAUGCACAGACGCGUUCACACCGGGGAGAGGCCUUUCACCUGCUGUGUGUGUGGGAAGGGAUUCAGUGAUGUGAGCAACCUGCGGAAACACGAGCGGGUCCACACGGGAGAGAAGCCCUACACAUGCUUGGUGUGCGGGAAGGGGUUUGCUCAGUCAGCUGCCCUGCUGAUCCACAAGCGGGUCCACACUGGGGAGAGGCCGUUCUCCUGCCCCGAGUGUGGGAGGACCUUCCGUCAUGUGAGCAACAUGCGGAAGCACGAGCGCGUCCACACGGGGGAGCGGCCCUACAGGUGCCCCGACUGCGGGAAGGGGUUCGCUUGCUCGGCUAACCUGCUGAUCCACCAGCGGGUCCACACGGGGGAGAGGCCGUUCACCUGCUCAGAGUGCGGGAAAGGAUUCAUUGAUUCUUCAAGCCUGCAGACCCACAAGCGGGUCCACACGGGGGAGAGGCCUUUCACCUGCCCUGACUGUGGGAGGGACUUCAGUCAUGUAGGCAACUUACGGAAGCACCAGCGGGUCCACACCGGGGAGAGGCCGUUCACUUGCCCAGAGUGCGGGAAGGGAUUCAUUGAUUCUUCCGGCCUGCUGACCCACCAGCGGGUCCACACGGGGGAGAGGCCAUUUGUCUGCUCCGAGUGUGGGAAGGGAUUCAUUGAUUCCUCCGGCCUUCUGACCCACCAGUGGGUCCACACCGGGGAGAGGCCGCUCACCUGCUCUCAGUGCGGGAAGAGAUUCACCAGCUCCUCCCACCUGCGGAGGCACCAGCGAGUUCACGUGGCAUCGCAGGGGAAUUGAGGGACUGACGGCCAUGCGCCAUUAUCGACUGGACUUAUCAACCCAGUUCUGGGGGACAGCCCGGUUCCAAUCCCGGCAUGGCCGAUUGCGGAAUUGGAAUUUGGACGGAAUUCUAGAGUACGGAAUCUAAUGAUGAAACCAUAUCCUGGGAAAAAGAAACCCCAUCUGAUUCACUCUUGUCCUUUUCGGGGAAGGAAACAGUCGUUGCGGGAAAGGAUUCACUCAGUGGUUUCAGCUGCAUCUUUUACCUGGUCUGGCCUACUCCAGACCCACAGCAGUGUGGUUGAGACUUGACCAACGCAGCCCCUCCCCACACACACACACCCCGUGCAAAUCUGCAGGAGGAAAUUUACUUGGAUGCAGUGUGUAGCUUGAAAUUGCUGAGUAGGGCAAUACUUUCUGCGUGUUUAGGCUGUGCCAAGGAUCCAAUUACAAGGGGACAACUCAGCUGACCAAUAGUAAAGGCAGUGGGGUUGGAGGGGGAGUGUGUGCGCUUUGACCUUGAGCUGAUUGGGGGAAAAAAAACACUUUUCGUACAACUUUUUGUUGGGGAGAUCUGAAGCUGUAACAAAG